AUUUUAUUUUAUUUUUUUAAUUAUUACAUUUCUACUACUCUCCAUAUAGUAUUAUUAGCAUCACCUGACAGAUAGCGAGCAACGAUAUUUACACUCUGCAUCAUCAUUAUACAGUAUGCAAAGCAACAGGAACAAAAGAGCAACCACGAGUAGGAAUUCAUCAAAUAUUUAGUCACGUAAUAAGACGCAGAAAUGAUUAAUAUGGGCAUUUGUUUACAUUGUUACAAAGUUGGAAAGACAGAUAUUACUAAAAUUAUACAUUCAACUGAGUAGAUAUAUUCAGACACAAGGCCCUAUUAGAAAUGAUCAUGAUUGUGAUAAUAUUUUAUUUAUUCUUUAUCUGCGUGUAUGUGUGCUAAAUUCAUAACUUUAUAGCUGGCAGGAGCCUUUAAAAUGGUGCAAAAGGUUGCAUUCCUCCCAAAAUAUCGAAUCAUAUCAGCGAAUAAAUAGGAAUAGUGUUCAAAGUUUAAUAUCUAAUAGAUUUACUGUCUUUAAUGGCUAAAUAAUAGCCAUUCAAUUCAUAACAAGUCACUUCAAAUCUGGCCAUAGUGUCAAUACAUAUAUAUAUGAUAUUAUAUAUACAAAUAUAUGUUAUGGAAUUGAGGGAAAAUGUUAUCGGUCGUUAUUUUUUAGCCCAAACAUGUACAUGUGUGCAUUGUAAUGAAGUUAACAAAGUAAUCCAGAUCUGAUCCAGGUUGAGUAUUUAGUGACAGUGUAAACACAACACAGUCACAUCUCUUUUCAGCCAUUGAGGUCUCUGUGAAGUAAAUUGAAACCAUCAUUUCAAUAUAAUCCCUCGAUAGCCACAAAUUUACCUAUUUGUGUUUUUUAUUCUGUGGAACAUAUCUCCAAUUGUUUGCCCCAAAAAAAAAAAAACCUCACCCUCUUGUUUUUGUAUUCUUUCUGGAACAAAAGCCCUGUCUAAAUAGGAAAAUAGCACAGUAAUUGGCUAUAAAGAAGUAUGUUGACAUGAUACAUCUUGAAUGAGGGACAAGCUCUGGUUGUCGGGGAGGAGCCAGUUUUAGCCUGGGUUGUAAGUGGUAAGUUCCGAAGAGUCUUCACUGGCAUUUUCCCUGGCAUUUUUUUUAAUGUAUCAAAUUAUCUGGAAGCCAUUUAAUUUGAAGCGUAAUGUGAGGUGUCGUCCAUGUUUUUUCCCCCAAGAAAAUAAAAUGGCGACAUCAGGUGUCACCGGUGAGUAAAUGAAGUUUUCGGCGGGCGCAUGUGCAAGGACAGCUGGCGGGAGAAGCUAAAUUAGAUCCAGAGGAGGUUUGAUGCUGAUCAAUGGUCGCCGCCGCGUCCGCUCUUUUUUCCUUUUUGUCUCUUCCAAGUGGACCCAUCCGAUCCCCAUGUUUACUUGUGAAUAAAACGCCACCCUCCCCCGCUCCCCUUUACAUUCCCGUCCCUCUUCCUGAGUCCGUGAUUGUGGACACCUGGCAAUGAUUUCAAGUUUGCAUUCAGCCGGGCCUCAGACGGCGACCAGAGGCUUCCUCACUGGGGCUCCCCCGAUGUUGUUUGUUGGCAUUUGUGGAUUAUUAUUAGCGUUCGAUAAUCAUUCCAAACACAAAAUGCUCAUCUACUCGCAUGUAUUCGGCCGUAUACUUCAAAAAGUCACCGGCUGCGCAUUUAAAAAAAAAAAAAAAAAAAAAAGACUUGGGUGGACUGAAUGCUUGUGGAUUGUUAGGAUGAGCUCAUGGCACCAUUAGUCAUGUUUGGCGAUGACAAAACAAGCCACGAUUGAGCUGAUAAUUGACAGAAAAACCACCCUGCCUAUUACUUGGAACGUUAUUUUCACUCCAAAAAAAAAGAAAGAUCUGCUAGCUGAGAGCGUGGGAAUGACUGUUAGCCGCAGAUUGUUUUUUUUUUUCAUAAAAAAAACAAAAAAGCAGGAAAUGAUUUCCACCACUGAAGAGCAAUUACAGCUGUUUGAACGUAUUCAUUAAUCCUUAAGAACGCCGCUUAUAUUAAUCAAAAGCACUGAAUUCAGAUUUGAUCCAGAUUGAGCAACAGUGUAAAUGCAACAUAUAAACCCGCUUUUCAUGUGCUCUGUUCCGGCAUCCUUUCAGCUCUUAAGAUGUUUAUCAAGACAAGACGGCACAGUGGAUGAGUAGUUAGCACGUCGACCUUAACAGUUCCGCGGGUUUCGGGGGUGGACUCGCAACUCCGGCCAAAGCUUGUUAGCUUCAUUGAUUCUAAAUUGUCCACAGGUGUGAAUGUGAGCGCUCACGCUCGUUUGUCUCGACGUGCCCUGCAAGCAGUCCAAUAAAACUAGGACGAGCGCGAUAGAAAAUGCAUGAAUGGAUGUUGAGCAAGCCUUGGUGGAGGUCUGCGCUCCGCGAGACUGUAACACGAUGAUGAAGUGUGUAUUUACCAGGAAGCGUUUUUCUAAUUGAAUGAGUUAGGAUUCAAUGAAAAUGUCCGUGUGCGUCCACGAGAACCGGAAGUCCCGGGCCAGCACCGGCUCCAUGAACAUCUACCUGUUCCACAAGUCAUCGUAUGCCGACAGCGUCCUCAUGCACCUCAACUCCUUGCGGCAGCAGCGUCUGUUCACCGACGUGCUCCUCCACGCCGGCAGCCGCUCCUUCCCGUGCCACCGCGCCGUGCUGGCCGCCUGCAGCCGCUACUUCGAGGCCAUGUUCAGCGGCGGGCUGCGCGAGAGCCAGGCCAGCGAGGUGGACUUCCGCGACUCGGUCCACCCGGAGGUGCUGGAGCUGCUGCUGGACUACGCGUACACAUCACGGGUGGUUAUCAACGAGGACAACGCAGAGUCGCUGCUGGAGGCCGGCGACAUGCUGGAGUUCCAGGACAUCCGUGAUGCCUGCGCAGAAUUCCUGGAGAGGAACCUUCACCCGUCCAACUGCCUGGGCAUGCUGCUGCUCUCCGACGCCCACCAUUGCACCAAGCUGUCAGAGCUCUCCUGGAGCAUGUGCCUCAGCAACUUCCCUGCCAUUUGCAAGACUGAAGACUUCCUCCAGCUGCCCAAAGACAUGGUGGUGCAGCUUUUGUCCCACGAGGAGCUGGAGACCGAGGAUGAGAGGCUGGUGUACGAGGCCGCCCUGAACUGGAUCAACUAUGACCUGGAGAGGCGCCACCGCGACCUCCCCCAGCUCCUCGGGACGGUCCGCCUGGCCCUACUGCCUGCCAUCUUUCUGAUGGAGAACGUCUCCACCGAGGAGCUGAUCAACGCCCAGGCCGGGAGCAAGGAGCUGGUAGACGAGGCCAUCCGGUGUAAGCUGAGGAUCCUGCAGAACGACGGGGUGGUCAACAGCCAGUGCGCCAGGCCCCGGAAGACCAGCCACGCCCUCUUCCUCCUCGGGGGCCAGACCUUCAUGUGUGACAAGUUGUACCUGGUGGACCAGAAGGCCAAGGAGAUCAUUCCCAAAGCGGACAUUCCCAGCCCGAGGAAGGAAUUCAGCGCCUGCGCCAUCGGCUGCAAGGUGUACAUAACGGGGGGACGGGGAUCGGAGAAUGGCGUUUCCAAAGACGUGUGGGUCUACGACACGGUCCACGAGGAAUGGUCCAAAGCGGCGCCCAUGCUCAUCGCCAGGUUCGGCCACGGCUCGGCCGAACUCAAGCACUGCCUGUACGUGGUCGGCGGUCACACGGCGGCGACCGGCUGCCUCCCCGCCUCGCCUUCGGUGUCGCUGAAACAAGUGGAGCAGUUUGACCCGGCGGCCAACAAGUGGACCAUGGUGGCGCCCCUGAGGGAGGGAGUGAGCAACGCGGCGGUGGUCAGCGUCAAGCUCAAGCUCUUCGCCUUCGGGGGGACCGGCGUCACCCACGACAAGCUGCCCAAGGUGCAGUGCUACGACCCCCAGGAGAACCGCUGGACCGUGCCGGCGUCGUGCCCGCAGCCGUGGCGCUACACAGCUGCCGCCGUCCUGGGCAACCAGAUCUUCGUCAUGGGCGGCGACACCGAGUUCUCGGCGUGCUCGGCGUACAAGUUCAACAGCGAGAGCUACCAGUGGACUAAAGUGGGCGACGUGACGGCCAAGCGCAUGAGCUGCCAGGCGGUGGCCUCUGGGAACAAACUGUACGUGGUGGGCGGCUACUUUGGCACGCAGCGCUGCAAAACCUUAGACUGCUACGACCCCACGCUGGAUGCGUGGAACAGCAUCACCACAGUGCCGUAUUCCCUCAUCCCCACCGCCUUCGUCAGCACCUGGAAGCAUCUGCCCGCCUGAAGACCUCCACUGGCCUCAUUCUGUCAGAUUUGGUUUUUUUUUCUUUUCUUUUUUCAUCCAUUGGACUCCCGACUGUGACGAGGCGCUCCAAGAGAAGACAUCCGAGACGGAUGCUCCACUAAAAACAAACAAUCAAAAAAAAGAACCAAAUGGGCCAGAGUGGCGCUUUCGACUGCAUUUUGAUGUUUUUUUUGUUUAGUUUUUUUUCCCCCUGGACGACAGCGGAGGCUCGCAUGCGUUUGGACUGAAUGCGCACAAAGCUCUUCAUCCGCUAAUAAGCUCCUUCCUUUGACCCCUAACCCCACUUAUGAUGACGUGUGGAGAGCUGAGGGUGGAACUUUUUUUGUUGGGAGGGGGGGCGGGUGGCCAGCUGCCUUGUUUUGGGAACGCCGCUUUCUGUCGCCGAUGCUGCUUUUUAACCCUGCGGGUGCUGACUGGACGCGACUGGCGUGAGUUCCUCAUAUCUGCUCAGCUCGUCCUUUCGUUUAAGUUAAUUUCUACUUGUGUUUUUUUUUUUUUGUUAACCUGUUGUUGCUGUGCACCUGAAGAGUUUAAUAGACUCUCUCUGUGGUUAUUUGUAUUGUAAUGGAUAUUUAUUGGAGGUUUGACAAGGGACGCAGCAAAAACAACCAACACAAUACGACGGUAAUAACGUAAUCGGACAGGACGGGACAGGACGGGACAGGACGGGGUCGUCAGCCAGGCAGCGCUAACCGCUGUGGCAUCGCAGUGCCAAAAGCGCUGCAAAACAUUUGAUUGCAAAAGAGAGGACAGUCCACUAAGUGAACAUAAUCAUAAGGGCUGUGCUCAGCAAUGAGAGCGGCCCGCACACCGAGCGACUAGAUAUCUACGGCGAUGUUAUUUCAUGCAAUUUAUUUCUCCUCUGCGUGCGGGAGGGUGGGCACCUGGUCACGCCGUGGGUUGUGCAGUCUUAACGAGGAGGAAGCUCAGAUUUCCCACAGCGUGAGGCCGCGAAGGCCGCUGGGUGGGGUGGGGGUUGUGAUGUCGAGCCAAAAGAAUUCCGACGCAGCGCCGCGAAACCUGCUUUAAAUCAGCCGUCGCGCACGCCUCCGCCAACGCCCCCGCAGCUCCUCCUCAAGGCCCCCGGAAAAGUGCAACAAUUAGCCGCAGAUGAGGCGAGCGCGUCACGUGAUGACCCGCGGUGACUAACGGCGAGCGACGCCAAGAACGCUACGAUCCUCGCAGCUGUCUGCGGGACGAAUGGGCGGGGGUUUCCUGGUUAACUGUGCGGUCGUGCCCCUGCUCACGUUUCAAAACAAACGCGAUACAGUUGUGUUCGGAAAGCUUCAAAUCCUUACAUUUGUUUUUUUUUUUUUAAAUAUUCCAGCCUGUGGAAAUAUGUCUUUACGUGAAAGCAAACAAAAGUUGGGCACCGCUGAAAGAAUUUCAAUGACAUCAUCGAUUCAUCGACUUGGACUGGACUUUCAACAUUACAGCAGACUGUCGGACAUCGGACAUCUGUUUUAUACGUCACGCGUCUAAUUUGCGGACGUCAGCGGCCAUUAUGUUGCGGUAUUAUUCCACCUUGCUAGGUUCCGUGUGCGAAAGGCACAACAAAAUAUAUAGCAGCGUCUACGUCACGUACUGCUUAAACUGAAGAAAUUGAAGAACCGCUCCGCAGCUGUGUUGCAUUAACACUCGGCACUCACUUCUCCCGCCCUGUUAAGUAAAAAAAAAAAAAAAAACGAUCAUUCGAAUAUUUGCCAUUUAAAGUGAAAAACAGUAACGGCUUCGCAUCUGUGUUGCAUGAGCCCCCUUCCAACGCUCCGGCGAAAGAGUUUCGGACGUCGCAUCGGAUGGCAUUGUCGCGCCCGUCAGGUGCCGCUGCGGCGGUAGCAAUCGCUUUCAACGCAAAGUUGGUUGCCCUGGCCAGCAUUUAUUCAUUUCGAAAAAUAUAAAAAUGUGAUGACAGUAACACCUUCCUUUUUCCUCUGCAUUUCAUCUCGAGUAGUUUCACUGUGUUUUAGUCAGAUUAAGAAGUUUGGCAUCUAAGAAAGGGCUUUUUUUUUUUUUUUCUUUUUUCUUGGGAUCACGGUGUUGGUUGCUAUGAUGAACAUUUUGAGCUCCAACAACACUGCUUUUAUCCUGAUAAAUAUUUAUGCGCGUAUGUUCCUAAAGACCCAAAAAAUAAUAAUAAAUUCAAGAACUGAGUCCACGUGUUGCUAAUUGAGAUUUGGUUUGUUGUCAUUUAUGUCAUGACUCAUUCAAUUUCUAUGGCAUUAUUUUGUACAUUUUUUUUUUUUUUUCCACAAUGUGAAAUCCAUGGCUGAAUAAACACGUUUUUUUCCUCUUGGCUGUAAAGAA